GUUCCGUGACCUUUCACCAGGAGGGAACGAGGCGAGGCUCACCUCACCUCACCUGAACACACCAUCAUCAUACGCUCUCCGCGUGCCGCGUACCGCAGAGAGUAAGAGAGUGUGCGAGAGAGGAGGAGGAGGAGGAGGAGGCUUGUUGGUUAGUUGGUUAGUUGGUGGUACUCGCUUGCUGUGCUCGCUUUUGCCUUCAGCAACAGUUUUCGUUCGGUUUUUUGGUUCAGUCGGUGGGAAACGCGCGACGAGAAAUGAGUCCAUUCACGAAGCGCAACAGCACAUCGAACGCAACAACGCAAGAAUAACAUCGAAGUUAAAAAGAAAAGAAAAAAACAGAGAGAAAGAAAAAAAACUCACGAGAUUAUCGUCAAAGAGCAAACAAAAAAAAAAGUGAAUUAAUCAUCGAAUUUGGACGCAAACGGGACGACAAUAUGUUUGUUAAAUCAGCUGUAACCGUUUUGAUCGCGCUGGCCGUGACGAGAUUCGCGUCCGCAGACAGAGAACACAAAGUUCACAACAUCGUUUUGUAUCCGGAGAGACACUCUUGGUGCCAGACGACGGCCAUCAAGCAGAUCGUCUCGAAACCCGGCUACAAAUCGACGACAAUCGACAACAACGUGUGCGUUGGCGCCUGCUACAGCUACAGCAUUCCGAGAACGCAACCCGCGGAACCCGGAGAACUGAUAGGCCCUUACUGCGACAGCUGUCAACCCUUAGCAACGCAAUGCUACCACGUGACUUUGACGGCGGAUAGAGAGAACACGGAUCCUGCAAAGAUGACGGUUCAAAAGAGGGUGCAGAUCAUAACGAACUGCAGCUGCACGUCCUGCAGUAAAAUACAGACGACGGAUUGCGAAAUCGCCGAUCAGAGCACGUCGGAAUUACCCACGAAUCUCUUCGCUCUGCUCCAUCCCAAUCGCACCGAAAUCGGAAUCGCGGAUGUCCCAGAACUAUUGAACCUAUCGCCGCCGACAUCGCAAACCCAAGGUCACACUUUGCUCACGCCGAACGCGACCACGGAUGAGCAACGGUACGAGAUCAAUUCGAAAUUGAUUCAAUUACUAAAGAGCAUCCAGAAUCAAGAGGAAGACGAAGACAUUUCCAAUUUGAAUUACGAUAGAGAGCAAUUGAGGGAACUUCUUGAUAUAAUCGAAGGUUCGGAGCAUCGGUUGAGCGAUAAGAACUUGAUGGAUUUCGUCAACUUCGUGAACGUGCACAAUUCCGAAGAUUUGGAACUGGAUUUGACGCGAUUGAAGGAGGUUUUGAAUACGUUCAUGCAGGAGGAUCUGGUUGGAAGACAUCGCGAAUUCGGUUUGGGUAAGAACGCGGACGUUCAGGGUAAGAAGUACAGCAUUCCGAAAACACCGGAAUCUCAUCUGAAAGGUAACCAUCAUUUCGGGAUGGGCAUCAAGCGUAACGAUCUGGAGGAAGGACCUGACGUUAAAGCCAAAAUCGAAUCUCCGGGUCAUCACCAUUUGGGCGAAGUGCAAGAAGUCGGUGUCCAUCAUAUGGGACAUCUGAUCCACGGCCCACACAACAGUCUCGUUUUAGUACCAGACGAUCCGAAAGUCGAGGAAAAAUUGAACUUGGAUUCGGACGAGGUCAGACCUAAUCACGAAGGAGUCGUCAUCUCUUACGAGAACCACCACAAACGCACACCCAAGAAAUGAACAACCUCGAACGCGAAAACCUUUUUACCAAUUUACCAAAAAAAAAACAAACAAAAAAACAACUUUUUAUCUACACUUAUAAUUAGAA